CCUGUGAACCGGAAGUAUAAAAGGCACUACAGCACCAGCUAAGAACUACAACGUCCAUAAUGUGUAGCUGAUGGUGCCGCAUGUGACACUGGUCUCAUGGACGGUGAGGUGAAGAGCAGCCGGUAGGAGCUUGUCUACAGACUCGUUAUACAGAACUCUCUUCUCAUUUGUGAGCCUGUGACUGAGAUCCUUCUGACAGAAGACCUGUAUGGCAUUUAUUUGUUCUGCCCGUGUAUUAAUACAGCUACAGUAACACUGCUGACUGUCUGAAGCCUGCGGAGUUCUGGAGCUGUGACCCGUGUGUGUGUAUGUGUGUGUGUGUGUGAAAUUUUGGAGACAUGGCCGUGAACUCUGAGCCAAGUGAUUGGGGAUACAGUGAAAAUGAUGAAGAGAAAGUGCCGCUUCUUGUAGCACCACACGUUCAGCCCAAGCAGCCUCAGGGCCGGACCUCAGCGCUGGGGGCGGUGUUUAUUGUGGUAAACGCUGCACUGGGGGCGGGACUUCUCAACUUUCCUGCUGCGUUCUACAUGGCUGGAGGAGUGGUAGCUGGAGUGGUGCUGCAAAUGUGUUUACUGAUCUUCAUCAUCACUGGCUUGGUGAUCCUUGCUUAUUGUUCUCAGGUGAGCAAUGAGAGCACGUAUCAGGAAGUGGUCCGUGCCGUGUGUGGGAAGGUUCUGGGGGUUAUAUGUGAGAUCGCCAUUGCAGUCUACACCUUUGGCACAUGCAUAGCCUUCCUCAUCAUUAUCGGAGACCAGCUGGACAAGCUGAUCAGUGCCAUUGCACAUGAUGCAGACAGUGCUGUCGUCUCUCACUGGUACACAAAUCGCAAAUUCACCAUCACAGUCACGUCUGUGCUCAUCAUCCUCCCCCUGUCCAUCCCCAAAGAGAUCAGCUUCCAGAAAUAUGCCAGCACCUUUAGCGUGAUUGGCACCUGGUAUGUGACCGUCAUAAUUAUCAUCAAAUACAUCUGGCCUGACCAAGAAAUCUCACCUGGAAUCAUUCCAACCAGUCCUAUAUCCUGGACUGCUGUAUUCAACGCCAUGCCGACUAUCUGCUUUGGAUUCCAGUGUCAUGUGAGCAGUGUUCCGGUGUUUAACAGUAUGAGGAACGCGACACUGCAGCCCUGGGGAGGUGUGGUGACCCUCGGCAUGAUCAUCUGCUUGUUUGUCUACACAGGAACAGGUGUGUGCGGUUUCCUGACGUUUGGGUCCAUGGUGAAUCAGGAUGUGUUGUUGUCAUACCCAUCUAAAGAUAUCGCUGUGGCCAUCGCCAGAGCCUUCAUCAUCAUCAGCGUGGUCACUUCAUAUCCCAUACUGCACUUCUGUGGGAGAGCCGUGUUAGAGGGCUUGUGGCUGCGUUUUAAUGGGACAGACGUCGACACAGACGUGGUGAGAGAGAGAAGACGCCGAGUUCUGUGCACAGUUAUCUGGUUCUGUCUCACACUCAUCCUCGCUCUCACCAUCCCUGAUAUUGGGCGUGUCAUCUCGCUCAUCGGCGGCCUUGCAGCCUGUUUCAUAUUUGUUUUCCCAGGUUUGUGCUUGAUUGAGGCCAAGCUCUCAGAGCAUGAUGUCAGAUCAGCCAGUUGGCAUGCCUUGGUCCUUUACGGAAUCCUCAUGGUCACAGUUGGCAUCUUCAUCCUCGGCCAGACGACAACCAACGCUAUCUACAGUGACAUCGUCCACCACUGAGACACGGCGGUGAGCUGGAAAUGACACGUAAUGAAAGAAUUGCUUGCACACUUACACAGUGACCUCAGAUUUAAACCUGCAAUACGUUGCACAAAUGAACAAAUGUUAAGAUCUGUUAAUAAGCUGUUAAUAAGCUUCUGAGGCUGUUCAGCAUGCAGCAUGAAACCUCCUACUGUACCUGUAGGGAAACAUGGUAACGUCUGUUAACACACUACACACACAUACUGGUAUACUAGUUUAACUGGGACGUCCAAUCAAAGUGAUUUUUUUUAAAUAACUCUGCUCAGUUGUGUACGUUUCCUUGUUUUUGGUUGAACUGCAACUUUAAUAUAUUUAUACUUUUACCAGUUGGUCCUUUUGACAAGAAAUAAAUCCAUAAAAAUGAAUGCGAUUUUUAAAAUACUAACCAGAGGAAUUCAUUUUCUCGAAAGCUUUAUUCCUCCUAAUAAUGAUUUACAUGACCAGUAAGUGACCGCUGCUUUCAGCUCAAACAGAAUCAAAUGAAAUGCUUUAAAAGCUUUGAGGUUUUUUUUUUUUUAAUUCAAAUUAAAAAGUCUUUAUUCCAAUCCUGUGCUCUUGUCAGUGUGGUGAGGGUGGAGUCUCUCAGGCCUCAUGCUCCAUCACAUAGGACUGAUUUUAGUCGUUACAUGUUGAUUGACUUCACUAAAGCGAAUAGCUCGUAAUGAGGGGAAAGUGGUUUAGCGUACAGAUAAAUAGAUUUAUGUAAUUUGACCUUAAAUACGGCUAGCUGGCUAGCGUUACACACACGGGAGUUUCACUGGAGUGUAGCAGUUUGAUCAGUUUUCACCUGACGUAUCGAUAACAUGAUAACGGGACAGAGAAAUAAUACACAGCAUCUCUGGAUCUCUGGCUUUUGUUUCAUUUGGUGCUUUUUUUUUUUUUUUUUUUUUUUUUUCCUUCAAAUCUCAGCCUGCAUCUGAAUCACUGUUGUACUUCACUCUCACACACAGUUUGUGUUAUUCAGCACUUUUUUAGCAUGUCAGAGGUUUACAGGUUUGUGUUCUGUUCAUGCUGAGAGGUUAUUUGGUGCAUCACACUAAUCAACACAGCAGGGGAAAGAAUCAAGCCUUCUCUGUGUUCUCUGUUUCUUAUGAACUGGGUUAAUUUACAAACAGUAAUGAUUUUAUUGGUUCUUAAUUUGACAGGGAAAGGCGCAAGGUUUUUGUCAUCUCAACACAUGCAAUAUCAUGAACAAUCUUUUUUUAUAUUUAUGUACUCAAUAAAGGGAAUUAAAUGUUUAA